CUCCGCCGGCGGCGGCGCUCGGCCAAUGGCGCCGCCCGGGCCGCGUCACGUGCCGCAGGGGGCGGCAGCGGCGUCGCGCGGGAAGCGAGCUUCUUCUUCCUCCUCUUCCUCCUCGUCGCCAUGGCGGUCCGGCUGAGCGAGGGCGCCAUCGCGUCUAUGAUUCAAGGCGAGGAUGUCCGAGCCCCUGUCUUGCAGCUCCUGAACAUCCGCCCGAUUACCACUGGGAACAGUGUACCCCGUUACCGGAUGCUGUUGAGCGAUGGCCUGAACACGCUUUCCUCUUUCAUGUUGGCGACUCAGCUGAACUCUCUGGUUGACGAUAAGCACUUGAGUGAAAACGCCGUCUGCCAGAUUAACAAGUUCAUUGUCAAUACCCUGAAGGAUGGAAGGAGAGUGGUGAUCUUGAUGGAUCUGGACGUCGUGAAAACGGCUGACGGGCUGACGGGGAAAAUCGGCAAUCCCGUGCAAUACAGCGAGGGAACGGGACCGAGGGGGCCGCCGCAGCAGCAGCAGCAGGCCUCUGCUUUGGCCACCAGCCGAGCGCCCAGCAAGCCAGCCCCUCCGAUGGGGAGUCCAGCAGCAGGAGCUGCCGCGAAAUACAGCGGCCCAGCGAAGACGUUUGGCAAAGCGGGGGGCUCCAGCUUUGUGAGCACUCCUGGGGGCUCUCAGACAAAAGUGGUGCCCAUCACUAGCUUGAAUCCCUACCAGUCCAAGUGGACCAUCUGUGCCCGGGUGACCCAGAAAGGCCAGGUCCGCACAUGGAGCAACUCGCGCGGGGAAGGGAAGCUGUUCUCCAUAGAGCUAGUGGACGAAAGCGGCGAGAUCAGGGCGACGGCCUUCAACGACCAAGUGGACAAGUAUUUCCCCCUCAUUGAUCUGAACAAGGUCUACUACUUCUCCAAGGGCAACCUGAAGACGGCCAACAAGCAGUACUCCUCCGUGAAGAACGACUACGAGAUCACCUUCACCAACGACACCGCGGUCAUCCCCUGUGAGGACGGGCGGCACCUCCCCUCGGUCCAGUUCGACUUCGUCUCCAUCGGCGACUUGGAGGGCAUCAGCAAAGACGCCAUUGUGGAUGUCAUCGGGAUCUGCAAGAGCUUUGAGGACGUCACGAAAAUCACAGUGAAGUCUUGCAACCGGGAAGUCUCCAAGAGGGACGUGUACCUGAUGGACAUGUCCGGGAAGAUGGUGGCUGUUACUCUGUGGGGCUUCGAGGCGGAGAGUUUCGAUGGUUCCCAGCAGCCCGUGGUGGCCAUCAAAGGAGCCAGAGUCUCAGACUUCGGUGGCCGGAGUCUCUCCGUCAUUACCUCGAGCACUGUGGUCGUCAACCCGGAUAGCCCGGAGUCCUUCAAGCUGCGGGGAUGGUUUGACGCGGAGGGGCAGCUCCUGGAAUCCACCUCCAUCUCCAGCACCCGGGGCGGGGGGCCCGCGGGGGGGAAUAGCAGCUGGAAGACGCUGCAUGAGGCCAAGUCCGAGAAUCUGGGCCAAGGAGACAAGGCCGACUACUUCAGCUGCGUGGGCACGGUGGUAUACCUGCGGAAGGAGGGCUGCAUGUACCAGGCCUGCCCCUCUCCGGACUGCAACAAGAAGGUGGUCGACGAGCACAACGGCCUCUACCGCUGCGAGAAGUGCGACCGGGAGUUCCCCAACUUCAAGUACCGCAUGAUCCUCUCGGUGAACAUCGCCGACUUCCAAGACAACCAGUGGGUCACUUGCUUCCAGGAGUCGGCAGAAGUCCUUCUGGGGCAGAACGCGGCUUACCUGGGAGAACUGAAGGAGAAGAACGAGCCAGCUUUUGAUGAGGUGAUCCAGAAAGCCAACUUCACCACCUUUGAGUUCCGGAUCCGGAUCAAGUUGGAGACGUUCAAUGACGAGUCUCGCCUGAAGGCCACCGCCAUGGAGGUGAAGCCCGUCGGCCACAAGGAGCACAGCAGGAGGCUGAUCGCGCGCAUCCGCAAGAACGCCGCCCAGCUGGGGUGAGCCCCUCCGCCUCCGCCCGCAGCGGCGUCUCUGAAGAAGACCAAGGUGUCCCGAUGGGUUUCUCCCUCCCGAGGCUCUCCUCGGUUCUCUGGAUGCUACUGUGGGCCUGGGGGGUUUGGGGGGUGGGGAGAGAGAAGGGGAGGGUCCCGGAGUCGCAGCCCCCUCUGAGUAGUGCCUCCUAGACCGAGCCGGAGGGCCGGGCGGCUGCCCCACACCUGCCCCCCGCCAUCAGGCUCACUUCCUCCUUGCAAAGCCGAGCUCCAGAAGCGGGAUUUCUCUCUCUCUCUCUCUCUCUCUCUCUCUCCCCCCCACCCUUUGGCUGGCCACCCUUGGCCUCCAGUGGCGGGCGGGGGGCAGGAUCCGUGGGUCCGCUUCCCCGCCGGCCGCUGUGCCGAGGAGCGCCCUGUUGGCGCCGCUGGGGCUCGCCUGCCCGCGUCUUCCUCCCCCUUCAAAGCCUCUCCGCCUUGCACAGGUGCCGAGCAGUUGUGAGUGCCUGGAAUUGGCAAUAGGGUGGGAAUUAUUAAUCAAAGGCGCAUCUCUUCUAUCGGAAGCAUAUCCUUCCUUCAGGGUUUAAUAGACUGAGUCAGAUGGGCCUGAUAUUCAUCAAAAUGGUCUCUUCUGAGGCAGGCUGAUAAGCGUUGACUCUACACACACACACACACACACACCCCUGGGAAAUCUAGGCACAACUACAAAGCCCUGCGUUAGUUUUUCACUUCAAUUAAUAAUAGUGCAUUUUGGGGGGCGGGGGGCAGCCGAUGGCAUGGGGGUCUCUCGACCUGUCCCUAUUUCUUGUGCUUGUCUGUGGACGGAUUUCCUUCUGGGAUUUGUUUGGAAGAGCCACGGAAGAAGAGGGAGGUUUGCGUUCAGGCCGGAAUGCCUCUUCUCCCCCUCAACUGCCCCACCCGCUUGUCUCAAUAAAGAGUGUUUAGUUCUUGUUUU